UGCAGAACUGCACAUGAAUUUUGUAAUUGUUUCUUUAAACUAUUUUUAUACAGUCUAUGCUUGAAACACAUGCUACAGCUUUUACGUCCGAAUCGGAAGUCAGAUUUCCGUUUUCAAUCAUUGACGUCGUUACGUUCUCACGUCAUUUGACGUGCAUAUGAAAGUUGCCGCGCAUGGUUCAGCUAAGUGUGUCCGUGUUAUGUUUAGUGGCUGGUUUCGGCCGAUGAAAAUAUAGCGAGAUAUUUUCCCCUUUAUUGUUCUGGUAAAGAAAUCUCUGACAAAUCUAUUCAUUUAUUGCAUGUACUUUGCAAACGAUAGCUGCGCGCAGGUUUCAAAUUUUUUGGCUAAUAUUAGCUAGCUAGCUAGAUAGCAAAUUACUGCGUUGAACGAAGUGUUUUAGGGGAAAAUAACGCGACGAACACGAAGUAGCUAAAUGUCUUUAAAACCAUUUAACAAAUUGCCCGAAUUGAAUACAGCCAACGUAUUGCUUGUGGAGAAUGAAGAGCGGUUUCAGAAGAAGUUAGCAGACGCCAUCGUCCUCCUAGAAAACAAUGUAAACGUAAUAGUGCGUUUGGCCCGGAGUCUUCCAUUGCCAUUGGAAAAUGCAGAGAGUCGGCCACGAAUCGAUUUAGUGGUUUUUAUCGUGCACCUCAACUCUGAACAAAGUCUUUUGUCAGCACAGACAUCUCUUAAGCAUUUGGAUUCAGGUUACUUCCUGGGCAAAGUCUGUUUCCUGGUUACUGGUGCUCGAUGUGGAACGCUUCCUUAUGAGCGCCUGACCUCUCUCAAGAAGAUGGCUGCAACCUUAAACUCACCCUUGCUGAUGACAGAAGACAAGACGGCAGAGGGUGUGAACACUGCAGCUCAACGGGUGCUGGCCGUGCUCAGGGUGGCGGCAGGCCUGGUUCCCAUGGCGACUGGCCUCUACCUCUCCUCUCUCACUCGCUGCACUGUCCCCAAUGACCCGGACUGGCAAAAUCAGGACUGACCACACCUUCACCAGCCUCAGCAAUGACCAAUUCCGAACUACCAUUAGUUUCCAGCAGGUCUUUGUCAAUUAAUUUCACCUGGAUCGCUUUCUUUUUUUUAAAAAAACCACGGCAUGUGUUCAGAUUUCUUUGUUGGUGAAAAUGGAAAAACCCUGAUUUGACCAGUCCCACAUCUUAGAUUGUGUUUAGAGAACAUGACACCUGAUAACCUGUCAUUGCUGUGUGAGAAUCGUGGUUUCUUUGUGCAGCAAGGGAUGUAGAAUGAGUUGUGCACAUUGGAGCUGCUUUACUAGGACUUACAACAAACCAGGCACUGUGCCUUUUCUCCAGCUGCUGACCAAGUCAGGGUCCUGCCCUAGACUACACCGCAUCCAUCUUGUAGUGGUGGCAGCAUUCAACUGUCGCCCCCAUCAAUUCUCAUUAUGUUCUUUCCUUGUAAAUGUUCAUGUUGGUAUAUGGUUAUAAAAUUGAAUAAAAUUUGUCUAUUCUCUUAUUCCAA